CGCGGAUAGACUGAGACUCUGGUUGAAGAAAGAGGCAAUCCCAGGAGAGGGGCAGAAAAGCGGCAAAACUUAAUGAGGGAGACACAGGGAGGGACAGCGACUCAGCAAGCAGCCAGGCCGACCCGCCAUCUGCGUGCUCGAAGGCGGUCGCGGUGGUCGCGGAAGGGGAGGCGUCCAGACCCCAGCUCCUCAUGGAUGCUCCCGAGCUGGGCCCGGGGCUGGUGGAGCGUCUGGAGCAGCUGGCGACGUGUCCGCUGUGCGGGGGCCCCUUCGAGGACCCGGUGCUUCUGGCGUGUGAGCACAGCUUCUGCCGCGCGUGUCUGGCCCGCUGCUGGGGGACCCCACCGGCGACCGGCACCGAGGCUUCAGCCACCGCCUGCCCUUGCUGCGGCCUGCCGUGCCCCCGCCGCUGCCUGAGAUCUAAUGUGCGGCUGGCGGUGGAGGUGCGGAUCAGUCGCGGGCUUCGGGAGAAGCUGGCCGAACCUGGGGUCCGCGCGGGGAGACGCCGCGGGGGCCGCAUCCCUACCAUGGGCUGCCUGGACCCGCACGCAGAGGAUAUAAGGAAGACAUGGAGACGAUUUGAUGUCCCAACACCCAAGUUAUCUAACUCAGAGGAUGAUCUCCCUGAAGAUUACCCAGUGGUCAAAAACAUGCUUCAUAGACUGACAGCUGACCUGACCCUGGACCCUGGCACCGCACACCGCCAGCUGCUCAUCUCUGAGGACUGCCGCAGCGUCCGAGUGGCCCCACCCGGGACACCCACACCUCCUGAUGGCCCCACACGCUUUGACCAGCUCCCCGCUGUGCUGGGCGCACAGGGCUUCGGUGCUGGCCGCCACUGCUGGGAGGUGGAGACCGCAGACGCCGCCUCCUGCACAGAUUCUUCCGGAGAGGAUGACGACGACGGGGAGAGCCGCUAUGCUGUGGGCGCGGCAGGGGAGUCAGUGCAACGCAAGGGUCGCGUGAAGCUGUGCCCCGCGGGGUCUGUGUGGGCCGUGGAGGGCCGUGGUGGCCGUCUCUGGGCCCUCACCACACCCGAGCCCACCCUGCUGGGCGGCGCCAGGCCGCCACCGCGGCGCAUUCGCGUGGACUUGGAUUGGGAGCGGGGCCGCGUGGCCUUCUACGACGGCCGCUCACUGGACCUCCUCUUCGCCUUCCAGGCACCCGGUCCCCUGGGGGAGCGCAUAUUCCCUCUAUUCUGCACCCGUGAUCCCCGCGCCCCGCUGCGCAUUGUGCCAGCCGAAGGCUGAGUUUCAGUCCUGACCCCCCAUCCUAGUUUGGCCUGUGCACCUCUUAGGCGCAGUAAGUCAUUGCAGGGGUCGUGCCUGCAAACCCACUGCGGUAGUAUUAAUAAGCACCCCACGCCAAACCACAUAUCUCUUCUCCGUCUUAUUUGCAAAAUUAGUAAGACCUCUACUAGGUCCCGGUUUCCACACCGAUGCCCCAAACCAAACCCUUUCCUCGCUCCCUCCCACACCCAAAUCUUUUCUGCUCCCAGAAUCUUUUACUGUUACCCCAGUACUUCCUACCUAAUUUCUUCCCUCCUAUUCUAUUCCGGGCCGGAAUUGGGGGACAGACUGUACCCCACCAGUACUGGUAAAGUGUUCACUACACAGAGGCCCCGCUAGUCAAAUAUUUCUGUACCACUCUUGCCUGUGCUAGCUCCCAGGACUCAGGGCCUUCUCCUCCGCUCUAAAGCUUGGGCUUCCCUGCCCCAUCCACUCUGAGGUUUCUCCUCAAGAGAAACAAGAGGCUUGAUUCUGGCCUGUUUUUUAUGGCCCUCUAGAAAGAUUAAUAACCCUUUUAGUUGGGGACAGGGAGGGUCAAGCCAGUUUUACUUCACCCUUCUUUGACUACUUUUUAUCCUCACAGCCUUUUC